ACGGUUCGCGUUGGGCAGGGGAGAGAGGAGUGUUUCGGACAAUGGUCCUGACGAGCAACACCUCAUCGUAGAACGACUCAGGCACCUUGCGGUUAACGACAGCAUACCACCCACCCACACCCAGGAACUAGAAGAAGCAGCAGAAGCGGAGGCACAAGUCGUUGACGUACCAGCUGACUAUGGACAAGAGUCGGAGCUUACAACCUGCGGAUUGAACGGGAGCGCUCUGGUCAGCACGUUGCAAGUGACGCGGCCUCCCAAGCCCACCAGGUCAAUUUACCGGCUCGUCCAAAAAGGCAAGACCGCAGCCGUAGCCAUUCAAAAUCUAGAUCCAGGCCUGUCACACCAAUUCUUGGCUCCCUCUUCAAACGCGACAAUUUCGUAUUGGGUAUCACUCGUAGCCAAUCUCCUCCCGUCUCCUCUGCAGUGGCGCCAGACAAAUCGAGAGGAUGUCGAGAUCGGAAUGCUGACCAUCGAAGGAACACCGCUACCCUCUUCGUUUGGUAGCCCGCUUACACGGACAGCCCGAAGAGCGUCACCUACAAGAGCCUUGACCAUGCCCCUGAAUAAUGACGAGCUAGACUACUCGUCAUCGAUUAUGCAUCGUAGGCCGAGCCACGGGGCAAACACGAACCGUCUCAAUCAGAGUAGAAGGUCGGAACAUCGUUCCCUGCAAUUGGCGGGCGCUGGCAGCAUCCCUGCGGCAACUCCUCACCUCAUCUACGCUGCAGAGCAGACGUCAUCAUUUACAGAUGACGAGGAAGACGAUAUAAAGAAAUGA